AUGAGCAUCCGGACUCCACCCAGACUACUGGAGCUGGUGGGGCAGAGCCUGCUGAGGCACCAGGCCUUGGCUAUCUCCACCCAGGAGGAGUUGCCCACGGAACUUUUCCCCUCCCCCCUGUUCAUGGAGGCCUUCAGCAGGAGAUGCACUGCUUACCCAGGGUGUUUGUCUCAGGUGAGGUGGCCCAGGUGGGCUAGUGGGGAGGGCCCAGUUCAGAAGAGAGUCCUUAAAUUCUCAGCCUUGCCUCUAUUUUCCCACAGGAGGUGGAAACUUCAAGUGCUGGAUUUACAAGAUGUCUGUGAAAACUUCUGGAUGGUUUGGUCUGAAGCUAUGGCCCAUGAGUUCUUCCCCAAUGCCAUGAGGAACAGAAAAUUGGUGCAGGACUGUCCAAGGAUGAGAGGACAGCAGCCCUUGACUGUGUUCAUAGAACUUUGGCUCAAGAACAGGACUCUGGAUGAAUACCUCACCUGCCUCCUUCUGUGGGUCAAGCAGAGGAAAGAUUUACUACACCUGUGCUGUAAGAAGCUGAAAAUUUUGGGAAUGCCCUUCCACAACAUCAGAAGCAUCCUGAAAAUGGUGAACCUAGACUGUAUCCAGGAGGUGGAAGUGAAUCGCAAGUGGAUACUGCCCAUCCUGACACAGUUUACCCCAUACCUGGGCCACAUGAGGAAUCUUCAGAAGCUUGUUCUCUCCCACAUGGAUGUCUCUCGCUACGUUUCCCCAGAGCAGAAGAAGAUUGUUACCCAGUUCACCACUCAGUUCCUCAAGCUGCGCUGCCUCCAAAAGUUUUAUAUGAACUCUGUUUCUUUCCUCGAAGGCCACCUGGACCAGCUGCUCAGCUAUCUGAAGACCCCGUUAAAGAUCCUAGCAAUAACUAACUGUGUGCUUUUGGAAUCAGACUUGAGGCAUCUGUCCCAGUGCCCAAGUGUCAGUCAACUAAAGACCCUGGACCUGAGGGGCAUCAGACUGGCCAAUUUCAGUCUUGUGCCUCUCCAAGUUCUGCUAGAAAAAGUUGCAGCCACCCUUGAGUACCUGGACUUAGAUGACUGUGGCAUUGUAGACUCCCAAGUCAACGCCAUUCUGCCUGCCCUGAACCGCUGCUUUGAGCUCACCACCUUCAGCUUCUGUGGAAAUCCCAUCUCCAUGGCCACCCUGGAGAACCUGCUGUGCCACACAAUCAGACUCAACAACAUAUGCCUGGAGCUGCAUCCUGCCCCACGGGAGAGUUAUGAUGCUGAUGGUACUCUCUGCUGGAGCAGAUUUGCCCAACUUAGGGCUGAGCUGAUGGGGAGAGUGAGGGACUUCAGGCAUCCCAAGAGGAUCUUGUUCUGUACUGACUACUGCUCUCACUGUGGCAACAGAUCAUUUUAUGACCUGGAGGUAGAUCAAUGCUGUUGUUGA